CCUACCCAUACAGUCCCACACACCCUUCCGAUCUUCGUCUUGUCUUAAACAAAAAGGCUCUGUUAUUUCAAUCUCACACACUCAUCAUGUUCGCACCUUCUUCACCCACCAACCCACAAUCAUCAACAACCUCAUACUCCUCCUGAGGACCUUCAAUGGCUUCUUCCACCGCCACCCAAUUCUCCCUUUCCCUCUCCGCCAAACACGCAGCCCCAACAACAGCCUCCAAGCUACCCACUCGUGUCUCCUCGCUUCAAAAACCGAACUUGGUGCCACCCCACUUCGGAUUACGAUGUUCUCACAGUCAAAGUGUCCCUCUUUCGAAAUCAAGGAUUUGCGCUAGCUCAGCUCAAGUUAUGGAUCCCGUCACUUCCAAGAAUGAACCCACCAUCGUUGACGUCGAUUUGGGCAACCGCAGCUACCCCAUUUAUAUUGGAUCCGCCUUGCUCCACAAACCCGAGCUUCUCCAGAGGCAUGUCCAUGGAAAGAGGGUUCUUGUGGUCACUAAUAACACGGUUGCACCAUUGUAUCUAGACAAGGUCAUUGAUGCUUUAACAAAGGGAAACCCAAACGUUUCAGUCGAGAGUGUAAUUUUGCCGGAUGGCGAGCAGUACAAGGACAUGGAUACGCUUAUGAAAGUCUUUGACAAGGCCAUCGAGUCACGGUUGGACCGACGCAGUACAUUUGUUGCCCUUGGAGGAGGUGUGAUUGGAGACAUGUGUGGCUAUGCUGCUGCAUCCUUUCUACGGGGUGUUAAUUUUAUUCAGAUUCCUACCACUGUUAUGGCUCAGGUUGAUUCAUCAGUUGGUGGUAAAACUGGGAUAAAUCAUCGUCUUGGAAAGAAUCUAAUUGGUGCUUUUUACCAACCCCAAUGUGUGCUUAUUGACACAGACACAUUGAAUACGUUGCCAGAUAGGGAGCUAGCAUCAGGUUUUGCAGAGGUUAUAAAGUAUGGGCUUAUUAGGGAUGCAGAAUUUUUUGAGUGGCAAGAGAAAAAUAUGCAGGCAUUAAUGGCAAGAGAUCCUGCGGCACUGGCAUAUGCUAUAAAGCGAUCAUGUGAAAACAAGGCUGAGGUUGUCUCCUUAGAUGAGAAGGAAAGUGGAAUGAGAGCAACAUUAAACCUGGGUCAUACAUUUGGUCAUGCAAUAGAAACUGGAGUUGGCUAUGGGCAGUGGCUUCAUGGAGAGGCUGUUGCAGCUGGCACGGUAAUGGCUGUUGACAUGUCAUAUCGCUUAGGUUGGAUUGAUGAUUCGAUUGUGAAACGAGUUGGAGACAUUUUAAAACAGGCUAAGUUACCUACUACACCUCCUGAAAUCAUGACGGUGGACAUGUUCAAAUCUGUGAUGGCGGUUGAUAAGAAGGUAGCAGAUGGGUUGCUAAGACUUAUCCUUCUGAAGGGUCCUCUGGGCAAUUGUGUCUUCACUGGGGACUAUGAUAGAAAGGCACUAGAUGAUACUCUUCAUGCAUUCUGUAAAUCCUGAUUUUGGGUUAUGAUAUAUUUGCAAUUCUUUUUAAUGAUGCUUGUAUCUCAUGAUAGUCUCGUGUAUUUUUUCCUGUGUUCUCGCUAUGUCACACUUUGUACUACCAUUAUACAAGCAAGAGUGUAUUACAUUAAAAAAUCGAGGCUUGGUCAAUAAUUAUUAUCUGGGCAGAGCUCAUAUUAUUCCCA